UGGGGAGGGGUGGCCGGAAAGUGGCGGCGGUGGACGGAGUUGGCGGCCAGUCACUUUGUCCGGUGGCGGCUAAAGUGAUAAAGACGACUACAGUGACACGAGAUGUGGUUACGGUGACACGGGAGGUGGCUACAGUGACACGGGCGGUGGCUACAGUGACACGGGUUGUGGCUAUAGUGACACGGGCGGUGGCUACAGUGACACGGGCGGUGGCUACAGUGACACGGGCGGUGGCUACAGUGACACGGGCGGUGGCUACAGUGACACGGGCGGUGGCCACAGUGACAUAAAAUCUGACAGUGAUAUUAUGUUUUUUCAAAUAUAUGACCUUCUUAGUCACUUUUUUAUCUUUUUGAAAAAUGGUCACAUUUUAGGAUAGUGGCUUUAAUUUAGUAAUAUUGAAGGCAAAAGCCCUUUUUUUUAGCAAAGAAUCCCCAAGACAAAAAUAUGAGUACUUUUAAAAUGGACAGAAAACUGACUCUCCCUUAACAGCUCCGUCCGUAUCCCUGACAAUCCUUUCUCUAUUCUCGCUUCAGACUCCUCUCUAUCGACUAACCCUUCUCACUUUCGUCCUCAUCCUUGAACCACCACCGCCCAUGAUCCGCCGCGGUUUAUCGUCAAAGGUAGCAUCUAGCACCUCCGCCCUCAGAUUCGUCGACGACAGCACCAUUGACCAUCGCGGUGUGCGACUACAGUUUCGAAGGGCCGAAGUACGGAUAGUGCCGGCGUCGUGAUUCGUCGGAUUUGGGGGCCAGCAGCGACUUCUGUAUCUUACAGCAGAUCUGUUUCUCCUGAGCAGAUCUGGGCGGUGACUGACUUUGAUGGCUACAGCAAUUGGGAGGCGAUGCGGCGGACUUCGGCGGUUGUAACAGAUCUGUGCGAUGGCGGUGGAUGGGCUGAGAUUAAGGUGAGUGGCGAGGGGAAGGUUUUCCGACAUGUCUGGGACUGGUGGUGGGUUUCGACAGGGACUGCGCGCAGUUAUUUUCAAGAAUUCAUUUGAAUGCCUUCCCGAUUGAAGUUUUAGCUGAAAUUUGAUAUGAGUAAACUGGACUUGAUGAAUAAGAUGCUCAAAACAAUUCAUCAAAAAAUUCCACCGGGAACCACCCCAAAUGACGACGGCCGGACAGAACCUCCUAAACAAGGGCUUAUUUGACCUUUUUUGGUUAGUACAUGAGCCUAUUUGCACCUUUUCCCUUUUAUUAAUAAAGUAAAGAAAAAAUUAUAUGAAAAUAGCUAAAAUGACCCUCUACAGUUGAUGGACAGUCUACCCGGGGGGUAUCUUAUCCGAGGGGUUAUUGCGGGAAUAACUAGAGAGAAGUCAGAGCAAAGUAGGAGGAGAGAGAGUCGAUUUAUUAAAAUGAACUCGAGAUGUGAGAUCUGAGAUCGUUCACAAUGAGAAAUGGGCUGCUAUUUAUAGCAGCAAUAAAUGCGAUGAGAGUACACGUGUAAGUAAUCCAACGGCCGAGGGAUCACAUCAAUCGGGUGGCACUGGCAGUGGUACGUUCACCGCAUUGAAUGCGGUUGGCGGAUGUGACGUUGCAUUAAAUGCGGUGGUUGGCUGUCUCCAAAGGGAAUCUUCGAUGAUUGAGCAUGUUUGGCCGAAGGCUCCUUGCGAAGCCGAGGGCUCCAUGUGACCGGGGACCCCUGUGUAGCCGAGGGCCCUGCGUGACCGGAGGCUUGGUUCAGCCGGAGGCUCCUCUGAUGUCGAGGGCUUGAUGAUGCCUAAGGCUCCUGUUUUCCGCCGUUUUUCUCCUAGUAGCCUCGUAUGCCCAAAAAGGCUAUCCUGUGAGUUUUGGAGCCUUCGGCCAAGGAGGCCGAAGGCACCCCAGUGUGUAUUCUGGGCUUCUUCGACGCUCGGGCCGCUGCAUUUGGGCCUGGGAUGUUCCCAUGGCUCAAUGGGCUUGUGUAGGAGAAGUAGAUGUCUAUGGGUCGGGGGUUCCUGGGCCAUAUACUCCAUCAGGAGUCCCUCACUCCUUUUGCCGAAAGGUACUUGAGGGAAAAGGAGUAGUUGUGUUGAUUCUUCUGGAGGUUUCAUCAUUUCGUUGGGUGCCUCUGCUUGAGAACUUGUCUUCUGCUGGUUGCCGAAGGCUUCCCUCAGUCCCUCACAUGUCGAGGGUUUUCUGAGGGAAGUGUAAAUAAUCUCCGUAUGUGUUGUGAUGAAGGCUACUCUAUCAUUGUUGGUGAAUAUGCGGAGUUUUUCUGAAAUUCUGUUUUGCCGGAGGGUGUAAAUCUGCUUUGCUCGUGGGAAUUUUGUUUUCCGUUAUGUGCGAUCCCCGAGGGGUGUAUCCUAGUCCCCCACUCCUUUAGGCUGAAGGCGAGUUCGGGCUGAAGGAGUUAUGAUGUGUUGAUGAGCUCCCGAGGGGUUGUAACAUUGAUAAACCGAAGGCGUAUGCUGCUACAUGCUCGAGGAUGCAAUAUUGACAAGCUGAAGGCUUAUGUUGCUGCGGGCUCGAAGGCAUUUGGUGGAAUUCGUUGUCUGAAGGCUGCGGACAGUGAUAGCCGGAGGCCACCAUUUGAGGGCACCCUAGUGUUCGAGGAAUAUAGCCGUUGUAAUGGAGCCGUUGGAAGAGGAGUUGACGUGGCGUGUCCUCGUUGGCUGGGGGCGGGCGGCUACCACCCAUUGGGGAAUGAGACGGCAUGUAAUGAUGGGCUUUUCAAAUCGAGGCCCAUAUUUCGAGGCCAUAAGCCUAUAAAUACCCUUUGCUAAGGCCAUUUCCUCCUGUGCGUUUCUGAGUCAUAGCGGAGCUCUGCCGAAUUUUCUAGAGAGAGAAAGUAACCCCUUCGAUCUAAGUCCCGAAUCUCAUGUGAGUCCUCCCUCUGUUCUUGCCUCCUUAGGUAUAUUUUGCUUGCGUCCCUCUAGAUUUAGUGUUUAUAGAUUCUAGGAGCCUUCGACCUGAACCCUUCGAUCUUUACCUCUCCGCAAUGUCUUCGGGAGAUGAUUCGCAUGAUAUAUCGAGGGAGGCUUCGGUCCAGCAGGAGAGCUUUUCGGACGUAGAAUCCUCGAGUGAGCAGGCGUCGUCAGCAAAUGAUUCUGCUAUAGCUGAAGAAGUUCAAGACCACCUUCGGACCGAGGCGGAAGCCGAGGAGUUCGAACAAGUAGUGGAAGACGAGGAGAUGGCCCUCGCUCUCCAGGUUGCAGAGGAGGAGGAGGAGAAGGAACGUAGGGCGGUUACCGUUGCCGUCGUGUCUCCCGACAGCGCUGGAGAAGCGAGCAGUUCUCGGCCAUUGAACCCUGAACCUCUUCGGGUUGCUCCGGGAAAGAGGAAGAGGAAGAUGAAGGCGGCGCCGAAGAGGAAGCAGACCGCCAUCGACGCGGGGCGGCCAGUGGGCAUACCCGAGGGCCAUUCAUAUCUGAACACGGCGGCCCUCGCGAUGAAGACAAAGGCGACGGCUUCCGACUACCAAGCCACCCAAUUCCUGGUAAGGCCCUCUGCACAAGUGGUUGAACCCGGCCCCAACGAUUUGCUGUCUGAUCCGCCCAAGGGAUGCUUCUCUGUGCACAUCCUCUCAGUAGAUUUGGGCCUCCGGUUUCCCCUCCAUUCCUUUUUGCUGGAGUACCUCGAGUUCCUGGGGUUGGCCCCCUGCAAGUUAUCCCCCAACAGCCAUUCAUACAUCUCUGGUUUUCUCUCGCUCUGCCGGUCCCGAGAAGUGGAGCCGACUUUGGAUCAGUUCUUCCUGUCGUUUAACUUGUGCCGGGGGGGCAUACACACGCGGAGGGGUUCGCCAACUUACGACAACUUCCCUACUGGAGGCUUUUUUCUGAAAUCCCGUCAUCCCACAAAGGGUGGAAAGAUCGAUUUUGUUACAUCCGGAUGCCGAAAAACCCCUUUCCGAGGCCACUGCGCGAUCAUUUUUGGAGGCAUCUGAAGGUUGGGAACUACGCCCUUGAGAAGGCCGGAAGAAAGCUAACGGCGAAACCCGAAGGCUCUAACAAGUUAUUGACUAUAAAGGCUGUCACCCUUCCAGACGAGCUCUAUCUGCUAGGUUUCCGACGGUUUCGACUGGAGGGGGAGAAAGAUGAGAGGUGACAUUAUGGAUCUCAAAGCCUUCGCCAAGCUGCAGAAACAACUCGCAAAGGAGAGCAAAAAGAAGAAAGAGGAGGGGCCCUCUACGCAGAAGGCUGUUGAUGAGUUUUUCAAGAAGCCGAAGGCCUCGAAUAACCAAGAGGGUGAGAGGCCCUCACGAAUUGUUGACGCUGGUGUUGUCAUCGAGGGCUCCAAUGCCGCGGAGCUCAAAAGGAAAAAUGCCGAGAAGGGCACCAAGCCUCCGGAAAAGAAGAAGCUAAAGGGGGAUGCUGGGCAGAAGGCUCCCCCAGUAGUGAUCAUUGAGGAGCUCUCCCCGAGCAAGCCUUCGGGCUCCCUCCCUUUGGAGAAUUUUGACGAAGGGGCCUGGCCCUUGGAAACUGUGCAGUUCCCCAUUAAGAAGGGGACUGCCAUCAUCCACGGCACCCUCGACCCGAGGGAGUUUCUUAGGGGUGCCACUCCCCCGCUUGAUCGGUCCACCCUCGGCCGGUUUGACGAUGAAGCUCUCGAGCACAAGGCCCUCCAGGCCUCAGUUACUGCUAGUGUGGCCUUCGGGGAAUACGUCCGGAGGAUGGAGCAGAUGCGCCUAAACAAGGCGCAGAAUGAAGAGGCCCUUAAGAAGAUGAUUGUGACCAACACCGAGGCCGUCAGGCAGAUGGCGGAGCUGGAAGAAACCCUCCGGCGUACCAAAGAGGGAGUGGAGCAGAGGCUGAAAGAUGCCGAGGCCAAGGGCAAGGCUGCUGCGGAGAGGGCUGCCGCCGAGGAAGCUAGGGAAGCGGCCGCGAAAGCUGAGGCUGAUAAGCAAGAGGCCAUAGCUCAGGCAAAGAAGGACGUCAUCGCCACCUUUACUUCUGAGGGCUGGAAAUCCGAGGAGCACGGUUCUUGGCUGGCCUCGGUGGUGGAAGCCUCUGCGGACGAGUGGGUCAAAGGCCCUGGCGCCAUGUGGCUGGCCCUGAAGGGCAAAAGCUUUUACGAUGGUGGCCAGUACUUUACCCAAGCCAUGAUCUAUCGGAGAUUGGCUCGCCAUUUCGGGGUGGACCCGAAGGAUUUCGAUCCGGCGCCAUAUGGCCUUCCCCCUCUGCAGCCGGACGUUAGAGUUGCCCUCCCUCCGGGCGAAGAGAGGCCGGUGCUUGAGGACUCGGAGCUAGCCCGGUGUGACGAUGAAGACGAUGAUGACGCCGAGGAUGAUGCUGCCUCUAGGCCGAAGACGGAUGCAGCUGAAGAGGCUUAAGCCUAGAAUUCUCCUGAGUACUAGCCUUUGUAAUAGUUGUAGGCCUUCGGCUCCGGCCAUCUGUCUUGUAAACAAAACACCUUUUGUACUUUAAUAUUUUUCGAUGAAUGAAUGUCUUUUCUAAUUUUCGAGCCUUC